AUGGCUCACGAUAUACUCAUAGGUGCAGAUGAAGAUUUGGCUUCUCAACUCGCCACGGAGCCACGAGGCUAUCCAAACGACCUUUUCUCGAGGCACACCUCUCCGUUCGACCCACUUCCCCUUGAGCCGAAGGAGCCGCUGUACAAGCGGAAGUGGUUCAUCAUCACGAACAUCGUUGUCGCCCUGCUAAGUAUCGCUAUCUUGUUCAUUCUCCUCUAUCCCGUGGUACACGCUAUAGCACAGCAUCUCGUUAACGCUACUGUACUUCACGUCGAUCAAGCCAUCAUCACCAACCCUACGAACCAGUCGUUCGACUUGUCGCUGAACGCAUGGAUCUCGCAUGGCGGCAUCUUCUCCGCCACUGUCAAGUUCAACGAGCCGAUCGCCGUCCUAUGGACGAACAGCAAGGGGGACCAAGUGCAACUCGGGUCGUUUCUCCUCGACCCCCUUACUAUCAAGAACAAGCGCGCCUAUAUUAACGAGACCGUUCCUUUCUCAAUUGACGACGAAACUGCGUUCUCCCAGUUCACCUCCGCGCUCAUCACGGAGCAGAAUUUCACCUGGCACCUGACGAGCGAGAAGGUCGACGUGCGCGCGCUCAAGUUCCUUACCGCGCACGAGCUCAACUUCCAGAAGGACGUCGCGCUGAGCGGGAUGAACAACUUCCAGGAUGAAAUCACGCUGGUUGACUUACAGCUUCCGAGGGACGCCCCUGGAGGCGGGAUCGAGUUCGUCGCUGUGACGGGCAUACAGAACCCGAGUCCGUUCAGCAUCGACCUCGGUACUGUGGUCUUCGACUUGUCGUAUGAUGGGUUAUAUCUCGGAUCUGGGAGCGGCUAUAACACGACGGUCGGCUCCGGCGGGAACAACGUUACACUUCGAGGCACGCUCGUUCCCCAGAACAGCUCGGACAGCCUCUCCAAGGUCUCCCAGCUCUUUACAGAGUACCUCAACGCAGGCAACCCCGAGGUUCUUGCGAGGGGACGGUCGUCGUUCCAGAACGACGGGAACGCGGUCUCAUGGCUCAGCUCGGGUCUGACCGCGCUUCAACUGACCGUUCCUUUCAAGGCACCUGGACCGAUCAGCCCGAUCAAGAGCAUCAGCAUCGGAGACAUGGCGCUUGUGUUCAGCGAGCAGAAUGCUUGGGCGCCGAUAGCAAGUUCGCGGUCGGUACAGGCCGAGUUGGAGCUGCCGUUCGGAUUCAAUGUCUCGAUAGGACAGCUUUCCAACUCGUUCAACAUCACGGAUGAGGGGAGCGUCGUUAGUGGUCUGUCUGCGCCUCCAAGCGCUUCCGUAAGCCAAAUCGAUGUGGUGAACUCGACUUGCACACGGGGAACUGUGAACAUCACCAUAGACGACACUCCGCUGGCUAUCCCGGAUGCGAGCCAUCCUAUCUUCUCCGUUUUCACCCGCAACCUCACCAAUAGCUCGUCGCUCCCAUUCCAGCUAGAAGGCAACGCUCGUGCUGUCGCUAACACGAGCAUCGGGCAGCUUACUCUAGACCCAAUCAUCUUCAAUGUCGCAUCGAGUUUAAAAGGUCUCCAGGGAUUGAAGCAGCUCGUUGAUAUCGGCACUGUGGAUGUUAUCGGAGGGUCAACUGAGGCCAUACAUCUCACUAUCCCCAUGAACAUUCAGAACCCCUCGAAUCUUGUACUCUCGACGGGCGACCUCUCUCUGCAACUUUUCCGAUACGGAGCCUUAUUGGGGACGAUCCUGAUCCCGGAUAUGACGCUCCAACGAGGAAACAACUCCUUCUCGGCCCAGGGGAACUUUACUCCCAAUGACACACCACAAGGGAUGCGGACCCUCAACGAGUUUGUUGGUGGCACAGACGUCGAGGUCGCUGCCUCAGGUUAUGGUCAGAGCACUCCCAUCGAGUCCCUUGUCUCCGCCUUCGAGAGUUUGAAUGUCAGCGCAAGCCUUCCUGCCCUCGAAGCAAACCUCAUCGGCUCCGCCUCGCUUUCAGUUCUCGACACCACCAGUCAACAGAAUAACACUGUCCACGCGACGGUCUCGCUCACGAAUCCAUUCACUGCAGAAUUCGCCAUCACCCACGUCAAUUCCAACAUCAGUUUCCACAGCAUUUCUCUUGGCACGAUCGACGCACCAGUCGCCUUCUCGUCGAAGGGUAACUCGACCACCGAGUCUCCAGCGCUUGACCUAGCCUUGAACUUGGAUCCUGAGGCGUUGUUUACUGUGACACAGAUAUGUGCACAGUCUGCAGGGCUCAGCACGGAUCAGUUGGAUGCAAUCGUUCAACUGGGAGGGUACCAAUACUUGGAUAACGUCAAUACCGCACGACACUGGCAAAUGGACAAACGCAAUGACGUCACAUUCAUCGGCUUCAAUCUCCCUACCUACGUAGAUCAGGCCUUCUCCAAGCUUGCAGCAGACGUGAACCUGCAAGUGGGGGUGACCAUCGGCGAAUAUCCGACCACUCUCGCUUACACCCAACACAACGUCUCCGUCAAAACCGACAAGAGUCUCAACCUGCUUCUCCCAAUUUUAGCACAGCCAAUUGUGCAGAAGAUCGUUUCUGGCACAGUUCUUGGCAUCGAAACUAUCCUUAUCAAGGAUGUGAAGCAAAACUCAUUCACCGCGUCUCUCAAUGGUUCGAUCACGAAUGCCGGUCCUUUCGAUGCUAACAUCACCUUCCCCAUGGGACUUGAUCUUCAUUGGGACGGGGCUUCGUUUGGGAACAUUGCUAUGCCCGACGUUCACGUGGUCGGCAAUGCUGGGGCAAACUUCCAGGUCGAUGCGACCGUCAACGUGACCAAUGUUGACCACUUGACGGACUUCACCAAGGCACUGGUCACACAAGAUUCAAUCAAUUGGGUCAUUUCUGGAAACGAUCUGACAGGUAUCUUGGUCCCUGGUGUAUCGCUCCCUGGCAAGAACGUCACUCUGAAGGGUAUGAACAACUUGAAGGGCGGCGUGAAGAUCGACAGUUUCGACUUGCCCAGCAACGACCCAGCAGGCGGGAUCCACCUUACUCUGGACACCACCGUGGCGAAUCCUUCCCAAAUAGGCAUUGCGCUGUCGUCGAUAGAGUUCCAGGCUUUCUUCCAGAACACGACUAUAGGCCCCGUGUCUUCAUCCACUCCUUUCAGCCUCUUGCCUCUUUCUGCAGUCUCUCUGCCACUCUCCGGGCGUCUUGUCCCGCAGAGCUCGGAAGCAGGACUGAAAGCUGUCUCGGCUUUGGUUGAUGGCUUCGUGCACGGACAAGACAGCGAUGUGGUGGUGCAAGGCAGCGGAGCUGGAGCCACCGACGCUACCUGGCUCAACGAAGGUAUCAAGGCGCUACAGGUCCAAGCUACCCUCCCGAAUCAGGGCACUCUGGACGUAAUCACAGCAGUCACCUUGAAUGAACUUGACCUCCGCUUCACCGAUACUACUGCCUUCAGCCCGUCCAUGAGCAGCAACGACGCCACGGCGGCUUUCUCACUUCCUUUCGGCUUCCCCGUGAAUAUCAUCUCUGUCGGACAAAACAUCACGGCCGGUUUUGGCAGCACUGACUUCGCUCAGCUGAAUAUACCGAAGGGCCCAUGUUCAACUGAUGUCGACAAGCGUAUAAUCCACCUGCAGAUUUCCGAUGUUCCGUUCAACGUUCUUCAGGGGCAAACCAGCGUCUUCGAGCAGUUCCUAUCAAAUACUGCGACGUCAGUUCAUACCACAAUUUCGCUGAAGGGUUCCGCAGAUACGGAAGUGGAUACGGCUGUAGGAGUACUCAACCUCACAGCCAUCCAGUUCAACGUGCAGACCUCUAUCGCUGGGAUGCAGGGUCUUACCUCGAAGCCAACGCUGGUGACGGCUUUGGACGUUGAUCAUGGGUUCUCAGACUAUCUGCUGAUCAAAGUCAACUCAUCGUUGUUCAACCCCAGUAACAUUACCCUCGGUGCUGGGGACAUCUCGUUCGAUCUGACCUACCAGAAUCAGAUUAUUGGCCAGGCUGACCUCAAUGACUUGACCAUCCUCCCUGGAAAUCAAUCUUACGCCAUCGACGUACACUAUCAACCUCAUGGGGAGGCUGUUACUUCCGGACAGCAUCUGCUCGAGAACUUCUUGCAAGGGACUACCUCGUCAACGACAAUACAGGGGUCGACGGAUUCAACUUUGAUUCAGUCUUUGCAACUCGCGAUGUCCAAAAUAUCACUCUCACCUGUCAAUAUACCUGGCUUAGGAAAGACCCUCAUUUCCUCUACCUCACUCGUUUUCCCGCCAAAUAUCGCGCAGAGUAGUAUCGCCCAGGCAUCCUUCGUCCUCGCUAACCCCUUUACUGCGAGUAUCAACCUCCUUGAAAUCAGCGCGACGGCAACCUACGGAAACCUGACUCUUGGCAAGAUCGACAACCUCAAUUGGUCGAAUGACCCAAUUCACGCUGAUGGUCAUGCCGAUGUCACGUCGCCUGCGCUUCCAUUUAGCAUGAACAUGGAUCCCAGCUCCAUCAUGGAGUUCCUACUUGCUGCCGCUCAGAACAACGACGUUGAUCUUGGCCCAUUGCCGGCGUUGUUCCGCGCUGCUCUCCAGAACCCAGCCUCACAUAGCUCUAUCAACGCGACAGUGGGCAAUGCUACUGCACCAUGUAUCAGCGGGCAUCAGUUCGAUGUUAAUGGCGCGAUCUUGAACUCCCUCAAGAACCUAGACGUAACACUCAAUGUGAACAGUUCCGUCAAGAUCGAUGAUUGUGCGUAUUCUCUUACAUUUGGCAGAGCCCACACAGACGAUACGGCCCUCUAUCUCGUAGGCGUAGUCGCGCCACCGAUUGUCCAAACAUUCGUUGAUCAAGCUACUCUCAGUUUCAGCCAGGCAAACAUAACGAACGUUUCAGAUGAGGGCUUCGACCUUUCUUUGAAGGGAGCGCUCACAGGUGCAGGUCCAUUCGACGCUCAGAUAGUAUUCGUCGAACCUGUCAGCAUCAGUUGGCAGGGUCAGACCAUCGCGACCAUCUCGCUUCCGCCAGUAUGCAUGGCUGCCAACAUUGGCGUCCCGGACUACGAAACCACUGCGCAUCUCACGAUUACUGAUACGAGCGGUUUCACACAAUUUGCGACGUUCUUACUGCACAAUCCUGAAUUCGAGUGGACGAUUUCGACAGGAGCUCUCCGUGCGAUCGCUCUUGGGACGACCUUCGAUGGAGUAUCUCUAAGCAAGAAUAUCUCGUUCAAGGCUUUCAACAACUUACCAGGUGUUACGAUCAGUGACUUCAAGCUACCAUCGGACGAUCCAGCUGGCGGAAUCCACAUCGAGACGGACUCCCUAAUCCCGUCGUCAGCAGACUUAGGCAUCGAUCUUGGCACCGUAGCGUUCGAAGCAUCCUUCAAGGGCAUCACGCUUGGACCAUUGUCGAGCACCGAUCUGCUGCUUACUGCUCACAGCACGACGAACGCACACCUGACUGGUCGAAUCACCCCCAAGUCCGGCGCUGAUUUGGCUGUCAUGGGCGAAUUGUUCACCAAUUUCCUACAGUCUCAAAACCAGACGAUUUCGAUCCGGGGUAGCUCCGUGCAACCAGCUGGCGCCAAUGCUUCUGUGGCAUGGCUGAGUUCUGCAUUCCAGUCGUUAGCGCUCAAUAUCACCUUGCCUGGACAGAACCUUGAGGUCAUCCAAGCCAUCGAUAUGUCUGACAUCGAGCUUGUCAUGACGGAGGAGAAUCAAGCGUUUGCGCCCAUUGCGAGCGCCCAAAACGUCGUCGCCCAGUACAAAAAUCCUUUCGGGUUCUCCCUGCAGGUGAUGCAGAGUAACGAGAAUAUCACACUUGUCAGCGGAGGGAUCGGCGUUGCGGAGCUCCUUCUGCCGCAAACAACGGCUAAUGGAUCCGUCUCAACUGGCAACGUUGUGCCACUACUCCUCUCGUUUGACAAGCAGACUAUGCGAGCCUUGGAUGAUGUUGCGUUCUCCCAGUUCAUGGCGACAGUCACCACUACGUCGAAUGUGGAUCUCCAGCUCAAGGGUUCCACAGACGUUGUUGCCCGUACCGCCGUCGGUGAUGUUCCCAUUUCCGGCAUCCCGAUAGACGUCAUCACGUCCAUCAAAGGCAUUGAUUCGUUUGGUCACGGCACAGUCUUGAAUAACUUGUCCAUUACUGGAAGCGGACAAGAUAACACUGGGCCAUUCAUCAAGGCUCCGUUGACCACUGCUCUUAGCAACCCAUCCAACAUCUCCCUCCAGACGGUCGGCGUUGAGCUCCCGGUCUUCUACCAGGACGUCAUGCUUGGCCGCGCAGUAAUCGAUUCGCUCAACUUGCAGCCUGGCGACAAUACGGUAUCUGCGGAGUUCCACUACGUGCCGCAGGACGCGAAUGAUACCACCGCACAGUCGUUCAUUACGAGCUUUCUGCAGACGAGCAACGAGCUGCCACUCACUAUCAAGGGCGACGCGAGCAGCUCUCCAUUCGCUUCGUUGAUACCUGCUCUCGAGGGUGUAGAGAUCACCACAGACUUGAAAGGCCUGAAUUUCCCUCCCUUCGUGACAACCAUCAACGCGUACAUAUCUGCAGCCACCUUAUUCUCUAAUACCGUCUCGAUCGACUUCGACAUCGCGAACCCUCUGGACACCGAGAUCCAAGUCUCGUUUGCGCAAGCAGACUCGGGCUUGGACGGCGUGACUUACGUACACUUCGAGCAUGCGUUCGACGACUUUGUCAUUCCCCCGCAUGCCACUGUGAACAGUGGGCCGAUCAACAACGUGCUCCUCACCCAAGGUGCUCUCGGGUCCCUCAAAAUCGUCAAUUCGGGGAAGGUGGAUGUAUUCACGGCUGCCACUGUCAGGGUCGGUGCAUACACAAUUCCGUGGUUGCACCUCACCACUCUCGGCGCCCCGAUCACUGUGCACCCCUCGCUAUAG